AUGAGCUGCUCUCUCUCCUCCAGCCACAUAGAAAAGAUCACCACGUGGCAAGACCCUCGGAAGAGCGUGAGUCACCCCCUGAGCCACGCGUCGCUACAUGCAGCCCCAGCCUCCACACCAGUGCCACAGAGGCCCAUGGCCACGUCCCAGCCCAACCUGGUGAUGACCCCCCAACACCAGCCGCCAAUGGUGCCCGGUGCCCUGGGCCAGCAGAACCCCUCCGCGGGGCUGGUGCCCGUGCCCCCCGCGCUGACCACCCAGCAGCAGCAGCAGCAAAAGCUGCGGCUCCAGAGGAUCCAGAUGGAGAGGGAGAGGAUUCGGAUGCGGCAGGAGGAGCUCAUGCGGCAGGAAGCAGCCCUCUGCAGACAGCUCCCGGUGGAGGCUGAGCCCAUGGUGGCUGCACAGGCCGUCAACCCGCCCGCCAUGACCGCAGACCUGAGGUCCAUCAGCAGCAGCAACGCCGACCCUUUCCUCAGCAGCGGGCCCUACCACUCUCGGGAGCAGAGCACGGACAGCGGCCUGGGGCUGGGGUGCUACAGCUUGCCCACCACGCCCGAGGACUUCCUGAGCAACGUGGACGAGAUGGACACAGGGGAGGGCGCAGGCCAGGUGCCCAUGAGCGCCGCGCCCCAGCAGAGCCGCUUCCCCGACUUCCUUGACUGCCUGCCGGGGACCAACGUGGACCUGGGGACUCUGGAAUCUGAAGACCUGCUUCCUCUCUUCACCGAUGUGGAGUCCGCCCUGAGCAAGAGCGAGCCCUUUCUGACCUGGCUGUGAGCCCCUGUGGGCUGGGGGCUGGCCCGGCCCUUUGGGGAGCAGAGCUGGUCUGUGGCGCCCACCGCUGCCCUGUUCCCCAGGGCCGGGCUCCCGGGGUCUGGGUCCGGCUGACCCCCUCUUCAGUGAAGCAUAGGUCAGGCCUGCAGCCCCUGGACAAGGCCCAGCCCUUCUCCAGCCCAGCCUCGCUGUGGGGCAGCGGAGCGACACACGUCCAUUAUGAUGGAUUGCAAACCAUAAGAAUUGACCGCAGGCAGUGAAUUGGGCCUACGGCUCGGUGCGGAUGGCUUGCCCAGCCCGGACUUCACCGACGGUUCCCAGAGCCAUGGCACAGGAGAGCGCGCACUUCCCUGAACCACGCCGUCCAGCGCCAGCCUCACAAAUCACGGCCCUGCAGGGAAACCCUGCCACGCGGAGCCUGCCUGGAGCAUGCGCUGGCUCUGCCGCACUCCCUGCGUGCGCCACAGCCUGCGUGCGCCACAGCCUGCGUGCUGCACCCGCGCCGCGCCCGCGCUGCGCCCCUCCUGCCCGGCCCCCUGCGCACCGGCCCCCCAGGGGCUCCCAGCAGCCCGACCUCCUCUGUAAACUGCAACUUGGAUUUCUCUCCCUUCCACGCACGGCUUAGCGUUUGAUGACACUUCUGUAAGAACUCUGUAAUUCUGUAUUGGAAGACAAAGGGCUGCCGCAAGGGUUCUACAACAUCAGCACCACCUGUAAUUCUGUCUUGGAAACUUCCAGAUAGGCCAGGGCCAUGCCGAGCCCCAGCGGGCG